UUUUAUCGAGAUUUUAACCAACCAAAUCUUCAGCUAUCUCAAAGUUGGUCAUUAUGUACAUAGAUACUACACUUGCAGGAUGUGUAUUUUGAAUUGAAACUAGUGGCAGGAGCAGCAGUGUUGAUUUUACCACAGACACAAAUAACUGUGCAAUUCAUAAGUCUGCAUACAUGCAUACUAGUUAUUUUCAGUAGUAAUAAUUUUCGGGAUUUGCAAAGGUGGGUAGGAAAUGAGGAGAAUAUUUUCACAAAUAGUAAGCAAAAAUUAUGUCACGAAAUCGCCAGCGACCGAAGUGCCAAAAGGGAGGGGGACCGUGACUCCGAGUGUUGUGAGAGUUUCGGCCAUCUCAGCGACUUCUCCAUCUCCAACGAGUUUGAGUACUUCGACUAAAAAACAUGGUGGAUCCAGGUCAAUUUCCAUGUCCUCCGGCCCUGGAUCCAUUCCAUCAGUGUCCUCUACUUCCCCCUCGAUUGUAGGACCCUUGCUCUCCUCCACACCUUAUCCCAUCCCCAAAUUCACGCCAACAACACCCCAGAAGACCGUUGCUCCAGUGGUCAAGGAUGUGGUAUUGCCAUCACAGUAUUCGGCGGUGGAGCGGGAGAGGAGGAGGCGGUCGCAGUACGCCUCCCUCCUCGACGCCUCAGUGGACAUGAUUCUGAGCCGAGGUUAUGCUUCGUCUAGUGACACGAGGGAAAAGGCCGCCUUCAUUUCCGACCUCAACGUGAAACGAGUGCUGAGCAAGAAUGAGGAGAUGAAAAAAGUGAUUUUCAAAGUGGCAGCUAUGGCUCUUGCUCAGAAUGAAGAAGACGUUGGAGGAAUUGGAUCCCUUCACCCCUUCAUCAUCACCGCAGGGGAGGUAUUUUUUGGUGGGAGCUAUAACGAAAUGGGACUGGGUGAAAAUCCAGACUCAAUUCAGGACAUUUUGACGCCCGGCCUCCUCGUGCUACUCUUGCACACGGCGUUUCUCACGGGGAACACGUCCAACAAAACCUUGUCUCAAAAACAACUCCUUUUGGCAAAAGCACUGGUGGAAACAUCGGCAGGAUACCUUUUGCAUAGGACGGUUGAAGAGACGAAUCACUUAAUGGAAGAUACUCCCGAAAAUUCGCGUCACUUUGAGAGGAUGCACCAGGGGAACAAAUUGGCCACGCUAACUGGAGACCUACUCGUGGUCAGCCUCAUAAAGAAUGUGGCAUGCACGGGAAAUAAUCAGGUGUUGGAGCUAGUGAUGAACAGCUUGUCCGAGUUCUCGACGACCGAGAUUGCCAAGAGGAAGCCGUUCGAGACUACGGAAAGUGACCCUUUGGUGUGUAGGGCAAUGAAGCCUCAAAAUCUGGCAGAGUCUAUCGUGUUCUCGAAGGGCUUUCAGUCGUCGCUCAUGCUCUCCGGUCUGGAGGACCUGGAAGUGCUGGAAUCUGCGGCACAACUGGGCAGCGUGGCAGGCCUCCUCUGGAAGAACAACUUUGACUGGACCAAGUUGACUUCUUUGGGGAAAGGCGUGGAUAACCUGGACGAGCUAAACGACUACCUGGCAGGGUUAAGAGAACAAGCCGACGAGCUGUUGAGUGGAAAUAAGUUCAUCCCCUCCUCAAAUCACCCAGUCACUGAAAUGAUGAGACAUUUAAUCCACUUUUGGGGAGCUCCGAAAUCUAAUAUUUCGCAAUAAUGCAAGAUAAAAAAAGAAUAAAUACAUAUUUUGAUACACAAAUAGUUUAA